AGGAUAUAGGCGAAGCUGUUGAGAAGAUUGAGGCCAAUGUUAGUGAAGUCAAGAAAAAACACAGCGCCAUCCUCUCGGCUCCACAGACAGACGAAAUGGUAAAGCAGGAGCUGGAAGAUUUAAUGACUGACAUCAAGAAAACGGCCAAUAAAUCCCGUACCAAGUUAAAAAUGAUGGAACAUAAUAUUGAACAAGAUGAACAGGCAGACGCAAGCUCUCCAGCUGAUCUUAGAAUACGAAAAACUCAGCAUACUGCAUUAUCUAGAAAGUUCGUAGAGAUAAUGACAGACUACAAUAAAACCCAGACUGAUUACCGAGACAGGUGCAAGGAUAGGAUUCAACGACAAUUAGAAAUAACUGGCCGAGCCACCACUGAUGAUGAGCUGGAAGAAAUGUUGGAAAGCGACAAUCCUGCAACCUUCACACAGGGGAUUGUAAUUGAAACUCAGAAAGCUAAGCAGACAAUAGAGGACAUUGAAGCUCGUCAUGCGGACAUCAUAAAACUAGAAAAAAGCAUCCGGGAGCUGCACGAUAUGUUCAUGGACAUGGCAAUGUUGGUAGAGAGUCAGGGAGAGAUGAUUGACAGGAUAGAAUACAAUGUGCAGCAGUCAGUGGACUACAUUGAUGCAGCUAAGAGAGACACCAAAAAGGCUGUAAAGUACCAAAGUAAAGCAAGACGGGUGAAAAAAAAUUAUAAUGUUCAUAUGCUUGGCUGUGUUGAUGGUUAUCCUUGUGUCCACUGUUGGAGGUUACAUUGGAAUUGGCUAGUGUGGGCAUCUCGUAACCUUUGUUCCAUUCUGCAGCGCCCUCAAGGAUAAAUGAAGUCACCAUCGUCAUGUCGAUCAAAAAUAGAUAAUUUCCUUUUGUACAGAAGACAGUGAACAUCGUUUUAAAGAAAUAGAAUCUUUUGAAAAACCAGUCAAUUAGAAAGGUCAUCAAUGUGGAUUUUGUCAUCUUGUUUCUUGAAAACAGGCAGGAUAGUUUUGAGUUUGUAAACAAGAGAUACUUGCUCAAGUAGAAUUGGCUGCCAAACCUAUGCAUGCCAAACUGUUCCAUAUUUCAUUUUAUUACAAUCAAUAGAGCGAAUGAAAUUUAGAUUUUAAUUCUUAACAUUACUGUAAUUAGGAUGAAUCAGUUAGUUGCAACCUGAACGAAGAAUACGGUCGGCCUUUACAAAUAAAAUAUUUAAAAAUAGUUGCCACUAUUUAUUAAAAGAAAAAAAAAUCCUGUCCGGAGGAACAGGGACGUUUAAAACCGCUGGUUCUGCUUUGAAUUAAUCUCAAGCAGUUUUCAUGUAUUAAAUUGUACAGCUGUACAUACUCUGUUAAAUUUUCUUAGAUAUAAAAUUUGUUUUUGUAAUCAUGAGAGACCAGUUCAGAUCUUAGGAGCGAACUGCUUGCCUUAGCCAUCGUUUUAUGUUGAAGCUUUUACGUGACUGCUGUUCAAGUUUCAAUCUGUAGAAAUAUGUAUAUAGCGAUUAUAAUGUGUUAUAUAGAGUUUAUUAUAAUUAAAAGUCACUAACUUCCAAUAUUCGUAAUACUGAAGAUAACGGAUGGCACAGUAAACGCAUUUUCGAAAGACCUCGUGUUCUAAAUAUAUGUAGCAAGCAAGUUUAUUGUUAAGAUUCUACGUACUUGUUUGUCAAAUUUUAAAAGCGGUGUUUAGCGUAAUAAUACCUUAUUCAACCACUACAGUUAUAGGCAAUAAAGUAUAAUUUUAUUUAAAGAAUCUUCUUCAUUAAUGAAUAGAAACAUUGUAAAAAGGUAACAUACUUAUGGAACAUUUUGAUCUCGAUGAAACGAAACAAGUAAAAAAAGAGCAUUUUCAAAAGAACCCCUUCAAUAACAAAAAAGAAUAAACCGCUCUGCAUUUAUAAAUAUUUAUAAUACAUUUUCUUCAAUCCUCAAUUAAGAAUAUAGGGUUAUAUGUCAGUUAACAAAUAACAAUUUGUGGGAGAUUAGAAAAGGUGCACUCUUCUGUCUGAAUUGACUUCUAGUCAAACAGCUCGGUUAUACCCCCCCCCUACCGGUUGAGAAUGAAAAACCUCGCUUGUGCCUACCGAAGCGCUUUAGGUUACAAUGAUGUCAUAUUAGGUUCUAGUGAGAUUACAACAAUAUUAUAUAAAAGUGUUUGUUUUUGUUGUUGUUAACGCACAGCUAUACACAAUGGGCUAUUUGUCCAACACGGGGAAUCAAACUCCGGAUUCUAGCGUUGUAAUUAACUUAUCUUUGAUCUACUUUAUCCUCGCAGAACUUUACAAGAUUUUAAUCUAAUUACGUCAACGAUGUUUGUGCUUGUAAUAUAUUAUACCAUUUGCCAUUUAGAGAAAUAAAAAAAUAGUAAUAAUUUGUUCAGUAAUUAGAUCAAACUCAAUACUUCUCUAACAUGAAUCUAAAGCAGCGUUUAAAUUAUUGUACUUUCUUUUAAUAAAUUAAGUUUCAAUAUACAUAUAUUUUUUAUGUCAGCAUUAUUUGAAUAACAAAUAGGUCGGUGUCAUAACUAAAAGUUUAAAUAAAUAUAUAUAAGAAAAUACAUCUACACCUAUCCAUGAGCUACAGGUGUGAUAAUAAACUAAAAAAAAUACUCGAGAAAUUAUUAAGCCUUCGAUUCCAAACUUUUGAGAUUAAACAUAAAUGUCGGGAAAAAAGCUAACAAUUAUUUAGGAGUAUGUGAGACUACAUAUUUUAAUAAUUCAGAAAUGUAUAAAAAUACUAUGAGGAAUAAGACUUACUUAUUUAAGGUAUUUUUAAUAAUAAUAAUAAUAGAAAAAAUUAUCAGAGACAAAUAACAUCAAGAUGAUCUUACAUGUUUACAAUUCGUACCCAAAUAUAUGUGCUAAAGAUGUAAAGUACAGAAAAAAAUUCACCCUUUGUCAACAAUGCAUAAUAUGUCCAGAUAAUAUGUUAUUCGAUGUAAGAGGAAGCAACUCGUUUAGUGCCCUCGUAUAAAAAUAAUUUCUAAUGACUGGUUGUUGGUAAACAUUAAACUUUUAAGAAUGAGCAGAUUUUCGUGCUAUCUGUUAAUAACAUUUACUCUAAUCUACUUCAUCAUCUUUACAAGAUGGGGGAAAAGAAAGAAAACUCGUGCGAAAUCUAAUUCCAGUACUGCUUUAUUUUAAUCAACUUCUCCUGUUAAAGGUCAGUGCAAAGGCUUUGGUCUUGUACAUACCGUUGGAUUUAUAUUUCGAAAAUAUCCUAUUAAACUAAUAUGAAAUAUAUAUAAUAUCUCAUAAGUUUGUUUUUGAUUUGACUUACACGAUGAGGAGUUCAGUAUCGGCCAAAGCACAGACUAUCCUUCCUCCAGUUAUGGAGUCCCAGCAAUGUAUGUUUGUCAGUGCACAGUCCAGGUAGCGUAAUGCUACCCUUAAUUCAAAUAAAUUGGCUACAGGGAAACAAACAUAUCGGGUAAGCUGCAACCGCCUUAUUUCCCGUAAACCGUUAAAACAAUGGUAAAGAUAUAAACACUCCUUAAGCCUAGUCUAGUUAUUGCAAUAUGACUAUAAAACUGAAUGAUCUAAGCAUACUGAACCAAGUUAUCAACUGUAUUCUCAAAAUAACCUGAAAAUAAUAUCACUAUUUGAAAUAAAUAAAUAAGAAUAUUAAUCCGAGUACCAGCUUUUUGUGGAGAUAAGUAUCAAAAUCAGCCUUUUCCUGAAUGAAAAAAAAUAUAUUUAUUUAUUCUAUUUGUACCGUUGGGUUUUCACGAAUUAAAAAAUAACGAUAAAAUAACUAAACUUAAAUUUAAAGAAAUAACUCACAUGUUUUAAUUAUGUAUGGUUGCACAUGUUAUCACGUAACUGCUACUUUAUUUUAAAAGUUUGCGCCGCAAUGCUGAUAAACAUGCUCCGCACUUUCAUAUGUGGUUGUAUUAUAUAAAUAGGAGACCAAUCCCGUUACUUGGUUCAAAGCCGGCCAAAGUGUUUCUAGUGGCAGAUGCUACUUACAUGGUUCCUUUCACUCUGGUCGCUAAUUCAAAAUUAGGGGUCGCUAUAUUUAAACUCCGAGGUUCAUGUAUAUAAGUAUUAUUAUUUUGAUGAUUUUUAUUAAGCCUAAAUAGCCAAAUUUUCCAAGAGACAAAAUAAACAAUGAUUGGGCUUAUUGUGAGCAUCCAUUCGUUAUGAAAGAUUUAACUCCUACUCCAACAAUAGUAGAACAACACACAGUGCCUAAAAUUUAAAAUUGUAUUCCAUUUGUACUAAAAAUAAGACAUUCGUUUUUAAAAAUACAUCCUACGGAAAAGAAAAGUUAUAGUUAAUAAAUAGAAGUAAAAAAAUUGGCCUUUUCCAUCGAAAUCAAUUUAUCACUGACCACUAAUAAUGAUAUUAAAAUAUAAAAUUACGGCUUCUAAACAGCGUCUACAUUAAACUGUUUUAUUUUCGUUUUGUGAUGUUCUUUUUUUUCGGCAAUGCAGUCUUAUAAAUUUGGCCAUUAACAAAUAGGCCUAUAGUGCUACGGUUAUUAUUAUGUACGUAUACAGCCUAAAUUAUGUUACUGCUACCGUAUAGCCUGUCAAAAAUGAUGGAACAAGUACUAUCAUCCCCACCACAUAGUAUACUCUAAUCUCACAUUUCACAGCUAACUAAAUUUUGCGAAAUCAAGCUUGGCCAAUAAAGAUGCAGAGAAGUGCAGUCAAGGCAGUCAAACGUUAGUAAAUUCCUUUGUGAGUCAAUCAAAAUUAAGAUCAUUCAUGAAAUUAAUUCGUGGCGUAUUCAUAGAAUUAUU